CCCUCCUUCUCUCCACAGCACCGGCAGCAGCGAAGGGAGGAGGCGGUUGGGGGGUGCUGGUGGCGCCGGUGGCGGCGGUGCGCCCGAUGGAGCCGCGUCCGCCCAGGCGCCCCGGCGCCAAGGUGCACUGCUGCGGCCGCUGCGCCUACAGCACGGACGACCGGCACCGCAUGGAGGUGCACAUGCGCACGCACACGGGCGAGAAGCCCUACAAGUGCAUCGUGUGCGACAAGGCCUUCACCGACUCGGGCCACCUCCACCGGCACGAGCGCUCGCACACGGGCGAGAAGCCGUACGUGUGCGCCGCGUGCGGCAAGGCCUUCACCGAGUCGGGCCACCUGCACAUCCACGAGCGCACGCACACGGAGCAGAAACCCUACAUAUGCACGGUGUGCGGCAAGGCGUUCACCCAGUCGGGCAACCUGCGCAACCACCACCGCACGCACACGGGCGAGAGGCCGUACAAGUGCGCCGUGUGCGGCAAGACCUUCACGCUCCUCGGCAACCUGCACAAGCACCAGCGGACGCACACGGGCGAGAAGCCGUACAAGUGCGGCGUCUGCGACAAGGCCUUCACGCAGUCCAACCACCUGCGCAAGCACGAGAAGACCCACGGGGAAGAGGAGGAGGAGGAGGAGGGUGAGGAAGGGGAGGGCGAGGAGGAAGAGGAGGAGGAGGAGGAGGAAGAGGAGGAGGAGAUCGUCUAGCUGGGUGGCGGGCGGUGGAGGUGCGACGAGAGGGGGCCUUGGUGGCGACGAGGAGGCCCAGGGGGGGGGGGGGGGGGGGGAGGGGAUUCGCACUAAGCCGGCCUGAUAGUUUCGACGCUCACGGUUGACGGCGGUCGUGGAAGGCUGUUGGGGCGGGGGAGGAGGGCGCUUCAGGGGGUUGGCUUGGGUAGAGGGGGGAUAGCGUGAACCCUCACCCCUGGGAGGGCUGAGUUUCUGUUCUCACAGCAACCCGCACCGGGCACCCCCACACUUGUCUGACUUCCCUCACUGCUACGAUCGCCCUCUGUGAUGCUCCGUGGGUCUGUGCGAGUCCAUGUCGGAAUCUUUUGAAACGAUGGUAAUCGUCGUGUGUGGGGGGUAGGGAGGUGGGGGGGGGGGGAAUCUUAUGGGGGAAUCUAUCGGGGUCUGUCCGUGCGAGUCUACGGGAAUCUCCGUGCGAGUCUUUGGGAAUCUCUGUGCUAGCCUACGGGAAUCUCCGUGUGAGUCUACGGGAAUCUCCGUGCGAGUCUUUGGGAAUCUUCGUGCGAGUCUUUGGGAAUCUCUGUGCUAGUCUACGGGAAUCUUCGUGCUAGCCUACGGGAAUCUCCGUGCGAGUCUACGGGAAUCUCCGUGCGAGUCUUUGGGAAUCUCCGUGUGAGUCUACGGGAAUCUUCGUGCGAGUCUUUGGGAAUCUCUGUGCGAGUCUACGGGAAUCUCCGUGCGAGUCUUUGGGAAUCUCCGUGCGAGUCUUUGGGAAUCUUCGUGCGAGUCUUUGGGAAUCUUCGUGCGAGUCUACGGGAAUCUUCGUCCUAGCCUACGGGAAUCUCCGUGCGAGUCUUUGGGAAUCUUCGUGCUAGUCUACGGGAAUCUGUGUUUGAGGCUAUGGGGAUCUGCGAGCGUGGGGAUGAAUCCGCGUCAAUCCGUUCAGUCCGAAUCGCAAGGAGAGAGCACUCGUGAGUUGUGACGAGAGGUGAUGCUCCUGGAGCCUGCAAAAUUGGGUGGGUUCAGCUGGUGGUCGUCUCAAGUUAGUCAACCCAUGGCACCGCCUGCUGGGUCUGUCCCGUGACCUCCUCCUGCACCUAGCCUGGCACAGCAGUCAACCCAUGGCACCUGCUGGGUCUGUCACGUGACCUCCUCCUGCACCUAGCCUGGC